UCCCUUUCACAAUAAUGCCCCAAAACCCUCCCAUAAGCUUCCUCGAAGAAACCAACCUACCUAUCUCAAACAAGCCACAGACCUAACUUCCCCAUUUAAGGACUUAGCUUGUCAUAUCCAUUUCUCAAUAUCCUAUCAUUGUUCGUUCCCAUCCCAAUUCUCUAUUAUUCUAGUUUGUUGAUGCCCAUAAGGAACCUGUAACUUCCUCAUUCAUGAUUCUCCCCCUCUCUUCAACACUUCCAUCCCUAACAUCGAUCAUUUGUCGUCCUAUAUAAACUCCAACCUUGGAGGAGUUUCUCAGAACAACAUUCACUCAUACAAUUUUACCAAGUCACAUUCGAAGACGAAACACCGAGAAGAAGAAAAAAUGGGGUUCGAGAAAUCUCUGUUGGUUGCUCUGUCGUUGGCUCUGGUCCUCGGCGUGGCAAACUGUUUCGACUACCACGAGCACGAGCUGGCAUCCGAGGAGAGCUUGUGGGAUCUGUACGAGAGGUGGAGGAGCCAUCACACCGUCUCCACGAGCCUCGACGAUAAGCACAAGCGGUUCAAUGUGUUCAAGCAGAAUGUCAUGCACGUUCACGAGACCAACAAGAUGGACAAGCCUUACAAGCUGAAGCUGAACAAGUUCUCCGACAUGACGAGCCACGAGUUCAAGAACGCUUAUGCUAACUCCAAGGUCCACCACCACGUCAUGUUCCGGGGAGCACCGCGUGGGAACGGGACGUUCAUGUACGAGAACGUCAGGAGGGUGCCGCCGUCUGUUGAUUGGAGGAAGAAAGGUGCUGUUACACCUGUUAAGGAUCAAGGCCAGUGUGGUAGUUGCUGGGCAUUUUCAACUGUGGUAGCAGUGGAAGGGAUCAACUAUAUCAAGACAAAGAAGCUUGUGUCUUUGUCUGAGCAAGAAUUGGUCGACUGCGACACGACAGAGAACCAAGGAUGCAAUGGAGGGUUGAUGGAGUACGCAUUUGAGUUCAUCAAGGAAACCGGUGGGCUUACUACAGAAGACAAGUAUCCUUACCAUGCUGCAGAUGGUAGCUGUGAUUCUGUUAAGUUGUUGUUGCUGCUGCAGGAGGAUGCACCAGUUGUGUCGAUUGACGGACACGAGAACGUCCCAAAGAACAACGAAGAUGCACUGCUGAAAGCCGUUGCAAACCAGCCUGUAUCUGUAGCCAUUGAUGCUGGGAGCCCAGAUUUCCAAUUCUACUCAGAGGGUGUGUUCACUGGAAGCUGUGGAACAGAGCUGAACCAUGGAGUUGCAGCUGUAGGGUACGGAAUCACCGUCGAUGGAACCAAGUACUGGAUCGUGAAGAACUCGUGGGGCGCUGAAUGGGGCGAGAAAGGCUUCAUCAGGAUGCAGAGAGGCAUCUCAGACAAGACAGGGCUUUGUGGCAUAGCAAUGGAGGCUUCAUAUCCCGUCAAAACCUCCUCCAACCCAACCCCCCAUUCUUCUUCUUCUCUCAGAGAUGAACUCUAAAUUCACUAUUACACACCCACACAAAACAUGGAGCGAGAGAUAGAGAUUUCUCAUCCUGGUUUCAGCUUUUCCAUUCUCAGUUUCAGCACUUGCUUCUUCUUCUUACUUCAUGUAUCAGUAACUUAAAACCUCAGCAGUUCUACUUGUAAUGAAUAAUAACAAUAACAAUAUACGAAUUAAUGAAAACCCACGAUUUUCUUCUUGAAAUAUAGUCCAUAUCCAUUCAUUUACUGAUGAAAAUCAAGAUCAAACACAAGAAAAAAAAGUCAACUUACAAUUCCAGAUCACAGACCAGGAAAUGUUCUUAUUCUUCUUCCAUGGAUAAAGGUAAAAGACGCAGCUUUUUACUUUCAGCCGUAGCAACGAAUGGGAUCGUUGCAACCCUUUGCAGCGGAUUGCCUGUUGCCACGGCCGCCGCCUUUCUCCAAAUACUGUUGAUGGUACUCUUCCGCCCGGUAGAAUCUCUUCGCCGGCAGAAUCUCCGUCACGACCUUCUUCCCUUCUUUCAGUUCCGAUUGCUUGGCUUCUUUCGAUUCCUGAGCCAGACGGGCCUGAUUCUCGUUGUAGUAGUAGAUCCCGGACCUGUAUUGGGUACCGGCGUCGUUCCCCUGGCGGUUGAGGGUAGACGGGUCGACCCGGCUCCAGAAAAGGGCGAGGAGAUUGGCGUACGGGCAGACUCGCGGGUCGAAUUGGACCCGGACCACUUCGACGUGGUUGGUGGUGCCGGUGCAGACGGCUCUGUAGUCGGGAUCGGGGAGGUGGCCCUGAGAGUAGCCGACCUCCGUCUUCGCCACGCCGGGGACGCGCUGGAACGCGAUCUCGACGCCCCAGAAGCAGCCGCCGCCGAACUGGGCGAGCUCGUGGGUCGGGUCGUCGGGUUUGUCGAGGUCCGGGUCGAAUGCAGGGUUGUUGGUGGUGGUGGUCGGUGCGGCCAUUUGGCGGAUUUGGGGAUCGGCGGCGACGACGGAGAGGAGGAGGAAUUGUGAGUAGAG